UAUCAUAUUACUAUCACGUAAGGUAAUGGCAUCUGUAACUAUGGAGCAAAUUCGAAAGGCUCAGCGUGCUGAGGGUCCGGCCACCAUCCUCGCCAUUGGCACUGCAUGUCCACCCAACUUCGUAACCCAAGCUGAUUUUCCUGACUACUAUUUUCGUGUCACUAAGAGUGAACACAUGACUGCCCUCAAAAAUAAGUUCCAACGAAUAUGUGAUAAAACCAUGAUAAAGAAACGUCACCUGUACUUGACCGAAGAGCACUUGAAGCAGAACCCGAAUAUGUGCGAGUACUCGGCACCGUCUCUGGACACACGACAAGACAUGUUGGUGGUUGAGGUUCCCAAGCUUGGGAGAGAGGCUGCCAUGAACGCCAUCAAAGAGUGGGACCAACCCAAGUCAAAGAUCACCCAUUUAAUCUUCUGCACCACCUCUGGUGUCGACAUGCCUGGCGCCGACUACCAAUGCGCCAAGCUGCUCGGACUCAGCCCCUCUGUGAAGCGUUUGAUGUUGUAUCAACAAGGUUGUUUCGGUGGUGGCACCGUUCUUCGCCUCGCCAAGGACAUAGCGGAGAACAACAAGGGUGCUCGUGUUCUUGCAGUGUGCUCAGAGAUCAUGACGACUUCAAUAUUUCACGGGCCCACUGAAUCCCAUUUCGACUCCAUGGUGGUCCAGGCUUUGUUCGGAGAUGGGGCUUCUGCGCUCGUCGUUGGUGCUGAACCAGACGAGUCUGUUGGGGAACGACCGAUCUUCGAGCUGGUGUCAGCUGCGCAGACGAUCAUGCCAGACUCGGAUGGAGCGAUUGGAGGUCAUUUAAAGGAAUCUGGACUAAUGCUUCACUUAAUCAGGGACGUGCCCAAGUUGAUCUCUAACAACAUUGAGAAGAACUUGAUCGAGGCCUUCAGGGAAAUUGGGAUUAGAGAUUGGAACUCCAUAUUCUGGAUUGCACACCCUGGUGGGCGAGCCAUUCUGGACGAGGUGGAGGCGAAGCUGCGACUGAAGAAGGAGAAGAUGGCGGACUCACGCCAUGUGCUGAGUGAAUUUGGGAACAUGUCGAGCGCAUGCGUCUUCUUCAUAAUGGAUGAGUUGAGGAAGAGGUCGUUGGAGGAAGGGAAGUCCACCACCGGGGAUGGAUUGGAGUGGGGUGUUCUUUUCGGCUUCGGGCCUGGUGUGACAGUGGAGACAGUGGUCUUGCACAGCGUUGCAAACAAGGUUUAACUAUAUUUAUAUGAGAAGUGCUAAGCAUCACUGGCCAAUGACACAAGUGGAUAACAUAUAACUAACUAGUGGUGUGGUGAAAUCUAAUAUCAGGAUACACACUAUUUAAAUUAUUAUGGUGUAUCACUUUUGUGGUGUUGAGCAAAGUGACAAAUAUAACACUCUUUAUAUUUAUACAUGCUAUGGAAAAUGUAUGAUAUGUUUCCCCACAAUAGGAAAUGUUUAAAGAUCGAGAAAACCAAAAAAAAUUGAGAAAUAUUUAGCAAAUAUAGAAAUAUAAAUGGUUGUACUAAAGUAGUUAUGUAAUUUUUUAACAACAAAAAUUAUAUUUGUUAUUAUUUUGCUA